GGUGUUACGGAGAUGUGUGUGCAAGGUACAGGGUUUAUGGACGUAAGGAGGAUUAUUAUUGGUUGAGAAGAAACGGCGUUCAAAAACGGGUCACAGACGCCCAUAUGACGAAAUGGAUCGGAUUCCCCGAUCUCAGUUAUCUACUUAUAUUACAUAUAAUACAUAAAUCCUACUCUCACACAAAACAAUAUACCCCCCCCUCAUCAUGUUCGUCCAAUCCUCUUUUCUUUGCAAUCUACCUGAAGAAAUUUUCGAGAAUAUCGUACUAGAACUCGUUUCAAUCGAUGGCCUCAUCCUCCCACUCCUCCAGACUUGCAAACAAAUAAAUCAUAUCCUCGCUUUUUCAAAAAAUACCCAUCUAUACUCUCGCAUCUUUCGCUACAGAUUCAAUUCAUCCGCUUCGGUCAGAAGACUUGGCACUCGCACUCACCACUCUCGCCAUCUCGCUCACCAGCUAGUCUGGUACUCAAACGCCCUAAAAUGCAUCAGAAGGGCAGACGUUUACGAUAAGGGCGUCCUAGACGCUUUCUGGGCUUCUUUCGCACUCUUGUCUGAGAACGACGGAAAAAAUCGCCAUCUUCUCGAAGCGGCAGGUCUCCCAGAUUUCGUCGACGAGUUCGUUCGCAAACGCCUAUACGAAGACUCCGUCAACACCAACGGCUGGCCCAGCGAAUCUCCAAUCAACAGUCUUGCAUUAUGGUUGCUUUGGUUCACAAGUACAGAAGAGCGUCUAAAAGCCGAGACCACCGUCCGACGCAACGAGAUGAUCAGACUCGUCCUCCCUUUUGUCAUCCUUCCCUUUCGCUACCCCUCAGCGCAUGCUCCCCACAACCAUUUCAUCAUGCCCCUCACAGAAAACUCGAACGGCCUCCCUCAAUCCAUUAUCCCCGCUCAUGGCACAUUCCCACUCUACCGCGACGGCAGAGCCCAUAUAACCCACUUCUACGACCGCACAGACCUCCAAAUCGGUAUCCCACUCGCUUCGAUGGCAGCGAAACUUAUCUUCUUCUCACGUCGCCAAGUAACACCUAUCGGUGUCCCAAUCCAUCUCCCACUCACUCGUCAACACGCCAUCCAGCUCGGUUUCGGCGACCAAAUCGGCCCCACCCAAGAAGACGUCCACGAACUCAAUCAACAUAAAGUCGUCAAAUACUCUCCUCUUACUUCCUCAGACUCCGCCCCAAGUCCCAGCUCCCAACUCGACGAUGACUGGUAUCGCCUCACAGACUGUAUCUAUUCAAUGGAGAAGUCUUCCAUCAAAAACACUCAUUACACCUACGGCUCCGCAACAGGUCUCUGGCAAGGUCGCAUCCUAGUUCCCACCGAGAACGUAUUCAACGCAAUUCUCCAGCAUGUACAAAUGCCAGAAGAAUUCAAUGAACAUCAGCUCUUCCUCAACGCUUAUCCUCUCUUCAUGCGUCUUCGUGAAUAUCACUGCGUGGACCCACAGGACCCUGUACCGGCUGGUGGUGCAGAUGAUGGGUUUGAUGAUGGCAUUUCGAACGCAUGGAUACCCAGGGGUGUCCAGAUACACGAGGAUUUGUCCGAAGGCAAACUCAGAUUCCAACAUCACGACCGCACAUACACAUACGAAGCUUAUCGCCCAGGCUUAGCGAACUCACAUGACGAAGCUACUUGUCGUGGAUGUCAAUACCGUGGGACGUCUAACAUCGUUUAUAGGGAACACGAUGAUCAGUUCUUGGCGGAGCGAUCUCCUCAGGGUGACGAGAGCGAUACAGACGCUGAUGUGGGUGACGACGAUCGAUUCCUACAAGAUGCUUCUAUGCGGUACGAUUCGGUCAUCAAUGAUAUAUUCCAUCAAAAAGACGACGAAGCGAUGGACGAAGAUACAGAUACCGAUCUUGCGUUUGACGAUGAGAGCGACGAGGAGUAUUGUGUAGAGAGGAAAUGUAAUGGCGUGCUUGAUAUCGCGCUCGUAGGAGAAACCGACUUCAAGCAUGGCCAGGCAUGGAACCACUACAAAUUCUAUGGCCGCGUUCGCGAGUGGGAUGGACUCGUCGCGCUCGUUCGUAUCCCCGCACACCAGAACCCGCACCCUAGUGCUGGACUCGGUUUGUGGAUAUUCAGCGGGUAUGUUGUCGGAGGACAAAAUUUCGUGGGGACGUGGCGGGUGUUGGGGAAUGUGGGUCCCGUUACUCCCACACUGGAGAGUGCGUUUGCUAUGACGAGGAGGGAGGAGGGGUUGUGAGGGGGUGAUGGGUUUGCACUACGUUACCGAGGUUUCCAUGGCCCCUCAUACCCCGCAUGCCGACAAUUCAGGACUCAAGAACCAAGACUAACAAAGGACUAUCAAGACAUCAUGACACGCCACGCCACGCCAUCCAUUGACCUGACCUGACGCAGCACAAACCUAACUUUAUUCUUUCCCGAUGUCCCGCGUUCUAUCGACGCCUCGCUUCGCCUCGUAGCGCUGUGUGUAUCAAAACCCCCAUUCCGAUUAC